UCAACUUUCAGCAGAUUUUAUUGAAAAAGAAAAUCUGAUUUGGAAACAUUUUCUUUCAUCUGAUUUUGUUAUUUUUUGUUAUAUGAAUUAUGACCAUUUCUGUCCUAAAAAUACCAACAUUUGCUCUUAAUUUUAUACUUUGGUCUUUCUGGUUAUGUAAUUUUUAAAUAUGAAAUGAUUUAUAAUUUGAUUAGUUACUCAGUACUUCAAUAAAAUUUUUACAAAAUACUUUUUUACUCUUACUUGACUAAUUUCGUGGAUGAAUAUUUUUUCCUUUUACUUGAGUAAAAAUUUGUUGAGGUAUUUCUAUCCCUCCAGUUUUUGUUCUCUGUUUUGCUCCAACAUGUGGAAACGAUUUAAUCUGAGAUCUGAUCAGAACCUGCAGCAGUUUGAACAGCUGGACUUUCUCCAACACUCCAGAACCGAGCCUUGCUGCUGGUUCUGGUUCUGCUCCGGCUGACGAUUGACAGGACGGUCCCGACCUUUACCCUUUACUCUAACCUCGGCUCAUCAGAAGCUCAGUGAUGGGCUCAGAAAGGUCCGGUCCGGUUUCAGAUGUUUCCCGCUCCAGCCAGGCUGACUCAAAUGAUUGCAUGACUUCCUGCGCAGCCUGUUGGUCUAAUCCUGGUGUGCAGCCGGUUGGAGGCGGCUAGUCUACAGGAACCGAGCAAAUGAAACUGAAGCUGUUGAACCAGGAAGUUCCAACUGUGCCAUUAUCAGCACACAGGUUUGUAUUUGACCUCUAAACCUGACCUCUGACCCAAAACAAGAAGGUCAGAAGGUUAGUAAAUAUGACAGUAAAUUGUAGAACUAAGAAGAAUAGUUCUGCAAGAACACACACACACACACACACACAGAAGCUGAGGUAAACACUGUGUCUCAUCAGGUUAAUUAAUCCUGAAUAGCUGCUUUGUUUAAUCCGGCUUCCUAUCACUCUGACCAAUCAGGGCUGCUGAUGUCAUCCUCUCCCUUCCCCCACCAUGCUGUGUGUGUGGGGGUGUGUGUGGGUAUGUGUGCGUGUGCUCUGUUCUUGUAGCAGCAUCAGUGUGAGGAAGAAGCUCAUAUGAAGCGUCUCUGUUUUCCUUUGAGGGCUGACCACAACCUGCUGACCCCUGACACACACUCUGGGUCGGAGGGCGGGGCCUCGCUGCCAGGACACCCGAGCAACCUGUCCACCAGGUGGCGCCGGUCGGCGUCUCCAACUCGCCGCCUACGGUUUGAGGAUGAGACGGAGACGGAGGCGGAGUCUCGUUACCUGGAGCGACAGCAGGGGACAGGUGUCCAGGUGUCCAAACCGGACCUGAAUCAGGUCAACGUGAGAGGAAGACCGGCGAUGACGGUGGCGAUGUCUGGAGCCCAGCUGGACCGUCGCCUCACUCUGGGUCCACCUGUAGCCAAGGUGAGUGGGCGGGGCCUGAACAGAUCCCUCCUCCAGGUGCGGACGGAAGUGCUCAAAGACUCUUAUAUCGGCUGCAUCUCACCUGCUGACUCAGGUGAGGGAGGGGGCGGGGUUGUCAGCAGAGUUGAUCAAACAGGUACAAACCAGGUGACAGCUUCACAAGCCCCGCCCACUGUCGAAACACCUGCUAACCCCUAUGCCUUUUACCCGGUGGACACGCCGUCGCCCCGGCCGCCUACCUGCCACCAUCAUGACCAUAAACGUCCUUCCCCUUUAGCCCCUGUAGCUGUGACAUCACUGACGAUGUCACAGAAUGGAGGGCUUCAUAACACAAUGAUGGGAAACCAGCAAGAGAAGAAGAAAUCCUCUGAUCCCCGACCUGGCUCCGAACUGAAGAAGAGGAAGGACUGCUCAUCCUCAGCUGAAGACAAAGCCCCGCCCACCUCAGGUAGCCCAGAGGGACACCGCAGACAUCCAAUCAGAGAAGAGCUCCACUGUGUUGUUUCACUUCCUGGGCGAUUCAGUAGAGAUGGACCCUCUCGUCUCUCUCUGCAUCACCUUUUGUCCUCGGUCAAACUGAGCAAGACUCGAACCGGCAGCCUUGACCGACUGGUUCCCCCGGUUCCUGACCGUCUUCCCAGUGACGGCAGGAAGUCCUGCAGCCUGUGGAAGAAAUCUCCUUCUCCUCAGUCUCUCUGUGGGGCGCUGGAAAUCCAAAUGAAGAAGUCGUCAUCAGUGCAGAGUUUUGGUUCUGAGGAGAGCAAGAACUGCAGCGUAGAUUACGGACCUGCAGAUGAGCAGUAAAACAGCCACUUGCAUUAGCUGACCACCGUCCCACCCAAUCAGAGCUCAGUUUCCUCCGUCAGGCUUCUAAAUCCAUGUCUGAGGUCAGAGGUCAUCGGCCAGCCCCGCUCAGGGAGAUUGGUCGGUCGGGUUCUUCAGGUCUGUUCUGAUGGACUGGUUCUGUUGGAAAUUAGUCCACCAUCAGAUCAGAGUUUUGGAAACAGGCGAGCCACAGGACAGAGUGAGCGCCCAAACUGGAAACCACUGAAACCAGUUUAGUCUGCAGCGCUGAAUGUAACAAAUGGAAUUAUUGGCCCCUGGUUUUUGUUUUGGACAGUUUUGAGCCAGCUCAGCUUUCUGAGUUAUCAAAAGUCCUAGCUUCUUCCAAACCUUUGACAUGCGUAUUGGACCCACCAGCUGCUAACGGGGCGGAGGCGGCAGGAGUUAGCCAUGCAGUCGGUGGAUCGCCGGAUCGAUUCCCGGCCCUCGUUGUUUGUGUCCUUGGGCAAGACACUUCACCCACCUGCUGGCAUAAAAUGGCAGCUCUGCUUGUCAGUCGCCUUUGCAAUAUAAAGGGCAUUAUAAAUAAAAUUGAUUAUUAUUAA